CUCGCAACGAGCAGGUUGUGCGUCGAUUUACUGCUCUUUCGCUGCCCUCCGUCCGAACGCGAUCCGGUCCCAACCGCUACGGUACGCUUUGAUUCUAUUCGCCCCGAUCCGUCCGAACCGCAGCUACUUUUUUCUACGUAGAGUUACCACAUCGCCCGAUAUAGCAGGCAUAACCCAGUCGCACGUGGAGAGGGUUGCCGUAGAGACGAGUGACCAUGGCGGAAGACACAAGCUCCGCAAUGGACAGAUUUUGUGGCUCCACAUUCUGGAACUCAACGGAGACAUGGUACACCACCGAUCCGGACUUCACGCCCUGCUUUGAGCAGACGGCGCUGGUCUGGACGCCAUGCGCCUUCUACUGGGUGUUUGUGAUCUUCGACUUCUACUACCUGAAAGCCAGUCUGGACCGAAACAUACCCUGGAACAAGCUGAAUGUAAGCAAGGCGCUGGUGAACCUGGGCCUGCUGGUCAUCACUGCCCUGGAUCUGAUUAUGGCCCUGAUCAAGAAGGGCGGCGAUUCCGAGCUGCCCCUCUACGACGUGGAUGUGUGGGGUCCCAUCAUUAAGUUCGCCACCUUCCUGCUGCUCUUCAUUUUCAUCCCGUUGAACCGGAAAUACGGUGUUCAGACCACGGGCUGCCAGUUUAUCUUUUGGUUCCUGCUUACCGUGCUGUCGAUUCCCCGCUGCCGCACGGAAGUUCGGCUAGAUGCGGAGCGUCAGAAGGUACUCGACUCGCAACAGCCCACGGAGCAGAACUUCUCCUGGGAGGAGUACCAGUUUGUCAGCUUUUUCGUCUUCUUCACCUUCACCUGCAUCAUGCUGAUCCUAAACUGCUUCGCGGACGGUAUGCCCGAGCAGUCCAAGUACAAGAGGGGCGAAAACGAGAUUCCCGAGUUGUCGGCCAGUUUCCUCUCUAGGAUCACGUACCAGUGGUUCGAUAGGAUGGCCCUCAAGGGCUAUCGCAAUCCGCUGGAGGAGAAGGACCUGUGGGACCUGAGGCCACAGGACAGUUGCUCCGAAGUGAUGCCCAUCUUCGCCCACCACUGGAACCAGAACGUGCGCAAAAACUACAAAGGCAGAGCUCGCGUCGAACCGAAAGCGCAGUUCAGCAACGGAAAUGUGACCUUUGAGAAUCCCCACGGCGAGAAGAAUGGCCGCAAGAAGGGCGUGGCCAGUAUUAUGCCACCCAUCUACAAGUCAUUCGGAGGUGUAUUUCUGUUCGGCGCCCUGAUGAAGCUGUUCACCGACGUGUUGACAUUUGCCCAGCCACAGGUUUUGAGUUUGAUCAUCAGCUUCGUUGAGGCACAAGAAACGGUAGCAGAACCCCAAUGGAAGGGUAUCUUGUACGCUGUCUUGCUUUUCGUGCUGGCCGCUGCCCAGACCUUUAUUCUGGGCCAGUAUUUCCACCGCAUGUUCAUCGUGGGUCUGAGGAUCAGGACAGCUUUGAUCAACGCCAUCUACCGCAAGGCCCUGCUCAUUUCUAACUCCACUAAAAAGGAGUCCACCGUGGGAGAGAUCGUCAAUUUGAUGGCUGUGGAUGCACAGCGCUUCAUGGAGCUGACUACCUACCUGAAUAUGAUCUGGUCGGCGCCUCUGCAGAUCGGCCUGGCCCUUUAUUUCCUCUGGCAGCAACUGGGACCGUCUGUUUUGGCCGGUCUGGCUGUAAUGAUUAUCCUGAUCCCCGUGAACGGAGUAAUUGCCAGCCGCAUCAAGACCUAUCAGAUUAGACAGAUGAAGUACAAGGACGAGCGUGUUAAGCUGAUGAAUGAGGUUCUGAGCGGCAUUAAGGUCCUCAAGUUGUACGCCUGGGAGCCGAGUUUCGAGAAGCAAGUGUUGGACAUCCGUGACAAGGAGAUUGCGACUCUGCGAUCUACCGCAUAUUUGAACGCGGGAACCUCGUUCCUGUGGUCUUGUGCCCCCUUCCUGGUCUCAUUAGUCACAUUUGCCACUUACGUUCUUAUCGAUGAAAAUAACGUGCUUGAUGCCACCAAAACCUUUGUCUCAUUAUCAUUAUUCAACAUUCUCCGUUUUCCGUUAACAAUGUUGCCCAUGCUGAUCACCAACCUGGUGCAAACGCAAGUUUCUGUGAAUCGUAUAAAUAAAUUCCUGAACAGUGAGGAACUGGAUCCCAACAGUGUUCUACACGAUAAAUCCAAACCCCACCCCAUGAGCAUUGAGAAUGGCGAGUUCUCCUGGGGCGAUGAGAUUACGCUGCGCAAUAUCAACAUUGAGGUGCACAAGAGCAGCCUGGUGGCCCUGGUUGGCACGGUGGGCUCCGGCAAGUCGUCUGUGGUGCAGGCCUUCCUUGGCGAAAUGGAGAAACUUGCGGGCGUUGUCAACACAGUGGGCAAGCUGGCCUAUGUGCCGCAGCAGGCGUGGAUUCAGAAUGCUACGGUGCGGGACAACAUUCUCUUUGGACAGCCCUACGACCGAAAGCGCUACAACAAGGUCAUCGACGCCUGUGCCCUGCGUGCCGAUAUCGACAUUCUGUCGGCCGGAGAUUUGACGGAAAUUGGUGAGAAAGGCAUUAAUUUAUCAGGUGGCCAGAAGCAGCGAAUCUCGUUGGCCCGAGCCGUGUACAGUGAUGCCGAUCUCUAUCUGCUGGACGAUCCUCUGAGCGCCGUGGACGCCCAUGUGGGUAAACACAUCUUUGAGGAGGUAAUCGGACCCAAGGGCAUACUGGCGCGCAAAUCACGCGUGCUGGUCACCCACGGCGUCACUUUCCUGCCCCAGGUGGACAGCAUCUACGUGAUGAAAAUGGGCGAAAUUAGCGAGAGCGGCACAUUCGAUCAGUUGGUCAAGAACAAGGGCGCCUUUGCCGACUUUAUUAUCCAGCAUCUGCAGGAUGGCAAUGAAGAGGAGGAGGAGCUUAACCAGAUCAAGCGGCAGAUCUCCAGCACCGGAGAUGUCCCUGAGUUGCUAGGCAGUGUCGAGAAGGCCAUUAAGUUGGCGCGCACGGAAAGCUUGUCGGAUUCUAUCUCCGUUACCUCUGCAGACAGUCUGAUGGGCGGGGGAGGAAGUCUCCGUCGGCGGACUAGGCGUCAGAAUUCCCACGACUCCGUUGCCUCCGCCGCAUCCCUGAAAAAGAAGCAGGAGGUCGAGGGCAAGCUGAUUGAAACUGAAAAAUCACAGACUGGUGGCGUAAAAUUUGCCGUAUACAAACACUACAUCAAGAGCGUUGGAAUCUUCCUGUCGGUGGCAACAUUAGUGCUCAACUUUGUUUUCCAAGCUUUCCAAAUCGGCUCUAAUCUGUGGCUCACUCAGUGGGCAAACGACCAAAACGUCGGCAACGACACAGGCCUCAGGGACAUGUAUCUGGGUGUCUACGGUGCCUUCGGAUUCGGCCAAGGUGUGCUAGCCUACUUUGCAGUGGUCAUCGUCUACCUAGGCGGCUUCCAGGCCGCAAAGACCAUCCACAAUGAACUGCUGGCCGUCAUAAUCCGAGGCUCGGUCUGCCGCUUCUUCGACGUCACUCCGAUCGGGCGAAUCUUGAACAGUUUUAGCGGCGAUAUGGAUGUUGUCGACGAAGAGUUGCCCGCUACCAUGGAUUCCUUUAUGACCUUUAUCUUUAUGGUUCUGGCUACCAUUGUGGUAAUUAGUUUGUCCACGCCGAUUUUCUUGGCCGUCAUCGUGCCCAUCGCCCUCCUCUACUACUUCGCCCAGCGCUUCUACGUGGCCACAUCCCGGCAACUGAUGCGUCUGGAAUCCGUUUCCCGUUCUCCGAUCUACUCGCACUUCAGCGAAACCGUCACUGGAGCUUCCACAAUUCGUGCCUACAACGUGGAAAAUCGCUUUAUUGAUGAAUCGGAUGCCAAGGUGGACAAGAACCAGGUCUGCAAGUAUCCCUCUGUGAUAGCCAACCGUUGGCUGGCGAUUCGUCUGGAGAUGGUGGGCAAUCUGAUCAUUCUGUUCGCUUCGCUCUUCGCCGUUCUCGGAGGACAAACCAAUCCAGGUUUGGUGGGUUUGUCGGUGAGCUACGCUCUACAGGUGACCCAAACCCUUAACUGGCUGGUGCGCAUGUCAUCCGACAUUGAGACCAACAUCGUUUCCGUGGAGCGCAUCAAGGAGUAUGGUGAGACCAAGCAGGAGGCUGCCUGGGAGCUGGAGCAGGACAAGAGCAAGCCCAAGAACUGGCCGCAGGAGGGACGUGUUGAGUUCCAGAACUUCCAGGUGCGCUAUCGCGAGGGGCUGGAUCUGGUACUACGCGGAGUAAGCUUCGACAUCAAGGGUGGCGAAAAGGUCGGCAUAGUUGGUCGAACGGGAGCCGGUAAAUCCAGUCUUACCUUAGCCUUGUUCAGAAUCAUUGAAGCUGCCGGUGGUCGCAUCUCAAUUGAUGGAGUGGACAUUGCCACCAUGGGUUUGCACAUGUUGCGCUCCCGUCUGACAAUCAUCCCACAGGACCCAGUGCUCUUCUCUGGCUCUCUGCGCAUCAACCUAGAUCCCUUCGAAAUUAAAACAGACGAUGAAAUCUGGAAGGCCUUGGAGCUGUCCCAUCUGAAGACCUUUGUCAAGAGUUUGGCAGCUGGUCUGAACCAUGAGAUUGCCGAGGGUGGCGAGAAUUUGUCGGUGGGUCAGCGGCAGUUGGUUUGUUUGGCGCGUGCUCUGCUGCGCAAGACCAAAGUCCUGGUGCUGGACGAGGCCACAGCGGCUGUCGAUCUGGAAACAGACGACUUGAUCCAGAAAACAAUCCGCACCGAGUUCAAGGAGUGCACUGUCCUAACAAUUGCGCAUCGUUUGAACACUAUUUUGGAUUCGGACAAGGUGAUCGUGCUGGACAAGGGACAGAUCACGGAAUUCGCAUCACCCACGGAGCUGCUAGACAAUCCCAAGUCUGCCUUCUACAGCAUGGCCAAGGAUGCCAACCUAGUUUAAGAUCCACGAAUGUCAACUUGAAACUACACGAAACUCAAACGAAAGAGUGCCCCAACAAAACCCCCUAGGAAUAUAGAUGUACGAGAGGAAAGUCAUUGAUCGGUAGCUUUAAGCCAUUUGGCACUGGCACCUGGCAGUCGGAAAAUGCUCUACCUCAUGACUACGACAGGCAAUUACGAAACAAAGCAAACAAACAAAGCAAAGCAAACAAUAACCAGAAGAAAUUAGCAAAUACCAACUGAAUGUUCAUUAGCCUAAGCGAAAUUAUUCAAGCCAGUCGGGCCUUCGUCGGUUACUCUAUGUUCGUUUUUAAUAUGUAUAUGUACUUACAUAGUCAAGUGUAUUUUUCUAUUGUUAACUGUACUUAGUUUUCUAUGCAACAAAAACCCGAUUUAAGCAGGCUGAAACAAUGAUAGGUUCAGAAAUGAGAAGAACUGUAAUGUAUGCCACAUAUUUAUGUACUUAAAUUAACAAAUAUUGAAAAAGAGAAUGAUACCUAAACUCACUCAAGAAAUUUUUGCCUUCAACUGAUAAGAUCAGUAAGAAAAAUGGUCAGCGUAGUUAAAUCAAUUUAUUAAAACUUUUGUAAAAUCUAUACUUAAAUAAAAUAAUAAACACAGGGAUUGAAUAAGCCCUACUAAAAUCCCAAUGAAA